GCCCUUUAAAAAAGUUGUCAUUUCUGGAAUCCUUUUUGAUGAUUUUAAAUGCAAAUAAGCAAGGAAAAAUAUAAAUGCAUAUAAGACAAGAUAAAUAAGAGAUUCGUGGGCACGUUUAAAAAACGUGCUUAUCAGAUUUUCAGUUGAUCCGUCAUUUCAAAUAUAUUAUUUACAAAAACACAACAUCAGUAUUUAUUUGAAGUAUUAUUUUAUUUAAUAAGAAUUAGACUUGAGUGGUGUUUUGUCGCGACACAUUCAAAUUUCUUUUUGAUUUUUUGUUAAUUUUUUUUUAAUUAAUCAAAUUGUCAAAUAAUUUAUGACAUUUGGAUGGGAGACCUAUUUUUGACAUUUCUUGGCUACAAAACUUUGAAGGUGUUUAGUGCAAUUUUGAGUGACUGGUUUAGUGGUUACAAUCGUCCUAACUUCAGUUUUCACAUUUAUGAAAUCCGACAUGAGUUAAAAACAAUGGCGGUAAACUAGCCCAGUGAGUCAUAAACCCCAUGGCUACGGCAAGGGGGUCUCCCGACGACGAUGGAUACAAAAGGUUCACAGACGACAUUAACAAUGUUUCCUAUGGCUCCAACAGCACCAACCCCGUUGACGAGAUGGGGAGCCGCUCUAGUCUCAGCCGAGACUUGGACAGCGCUGAAAUUGAUCACUGGGAGAUGAAUUAUCAUGAAGCAGCCAUCUUUCUUGAGGAGGGCGAGAACAAUGAAAAGUUCGACUCUCACCCGAGACAUCCCUCGGCUUUGCCUGCCUACCUCUUGGUUCACAACCAAUGGUACUAUGGCCUUGACUUGGCCUUUUCCGUUAUUUUGUUAUCUCUGGCUCUAGUAGAAGAACCGGCAGUUGAUCAGUUUGAACUGCCUUUAUUCAUUCAUGGCACUUUAGAACUAGUGUGUCUGGCCGUAAUUGGGGUUGAGUUGGCACUUAAAUUGAAGUGGAUCGGGUGGUCUACUAUACUCAGGCAUAAACGGACCAUGGUGAAGUGUGUAACGCUUUUUAUAAUGGUUGUGGAAGCUAUAGUGGUGCUGAUUAGACAGGAGUCCCAUUUUCGGGUGACCAGAGCUCUAAGGCCAAUAUUUCUAGUGGAUACAAGAGCCUGUGGGGGUGUGAGGCGCUAUAUCAGACAAAUUUUGCAGUCAUUGCCUCCAAUUUUAGACAUGUUAAUACUUUUGUUAUUUUUCGUCUGUAGCUAUUCCCUCUUAGGGUACUUUCUCUUCAGUCAGCAUGAGAAAAAUUUGUAUUUUAAAACGUUGGGAGACAGCUUUGUCAGUAUGUUUGUCUUAUUGACUACCGCAAAUUUUCCAGAUGUAAUGAUGCCCUCCUAUGCAGAAUCCAAAUGGAGCGCCCUAUUUUUUAUAUCCUAUAUCUCUACUGUGCUCUAUGUCCUCAUGAACUUGAUGUUGGCUGUUGUGUAUGAAACAUUUACUGGUAUUGAGAAAGACAAAUUUAGGAAAUUACUAUUGCACAAACGACAAGCUUGCAAGCUUGCUUUCCGCCUGCUAGUGAGCAAGCAGAAUCCAUACACAAUCAGAUUUAAACAGUUUCACGGUUUGAUGAGAUAUUAUUCACCCAAGACAAGUCAGCGAGAUAUAGUCCUCAUUUUCCGGCAAUUAAAUGUUUCUAAUACUGGAUUGAUAACGCAAGAUGAGUUUUUGAAUAUAUACGAUGCUAUGACACUUCAUUGGAGAUUGAAGGAUCCUCCAGAUCCAUGGUUUUCAGCAGCAUGGCCACCACUUAGGACUUUGUGUCGAACAGCGAGGACCAUUGUGUCUUGGGAUUACUUUGAGUAUAUAGUUUAUGUUUUGAUCAUUACAAAUGGUCUGGCAAUGUUUGUAAGGGUAAUAGAAUCUUCAGUUACUUUGGAGGAGGAUGCGAAAAAUUUCUGUGCGUCCUGGGAUGCCUGGCUGUUUUAUACCUUGUUCUUGUUAGAAGCAUUAUUAAGAAUUAUAAGUUUUGGCUGGUCGGAAUAUAUUUCAUCUGGCUGGAACACUUUCGAUUUGAGCGUUACAUUAUUGGCGAUUUGGGGUUCUUUGAUUCUACUGAUAUCUCCUUCAUUUACCAUUGUGGUUAUUCUAAGACCAUUAAGAAUUUUGCGUUUAUUUAAACUGAAAAAGCGAUACAGAGAUAUAUUUGGUACGUUAGUACUCCUUUCCCCUUUGAUGUGGUCAACCGCAGUCGUGAUGAUGGUUAUGUACUAUUUUUUCGCCAUUGUUGGUAUGGAACUAUUUGCAGGGUAUCCUUUGAGAGACUGCUGCCCCAACACCACCGUAGAAGAAUUCUACAAGUAUAACUCAAACGGCAGCGCGUCUGGGAUCGGAUUUUAUUAUUUAAACAACUUUGACAAUCUUUUUAUAUCAGGCGUGACACUUUUUGAGUUGACUGUCGUUAACAAUUGGUUUAUUAUCAUGGACGCUUACGCGAAAGUAUCUACUCCCUACUGUCGCCUGUUUUUCAUGAUAUUCUACCUUUUUACAAUGGUUGUGUUGACAAUUGUAGUAGCCUCGGUUUUGGAAGCCUUUCGGUUUAGGAUACAGUACAAGAAACAAACAUCUAAGAGAGACGAGGAAAUUAUGCUGCAUGAAGACGUCAUAGUAGAUUGGACUUCUCUAGAAAGGCAAGUUGGAGACAGAAAGUUGCUAGAAACUCUCCAAGUAGAUUUCCAACUGGGAGGUAUCACUGCGUAUAUGGGCCGUAGACGACGAACGAGAGAUGUGUUGCAACAUCACAUGUAUAGUACAGAGAUAAACCAGUGGUUAUCUGAAGCCGAAUAUGAAGAACGCAAUACUAUAAAUAAUAUAAUUGAGGAAGCGCACAUCAACGCUCGCUUAAUUAGUGCUUAACGUGAUAUUCCCAACUAAAUUUUAAAAGCGAUCAUAUAAUUUGAACCUCAAUGUUGGAGAAGACUAAAAUCAGAAGAAAAUGUGAGGUGAACAUUAUCAGUUUUUGUCUAUGGGAUUGCGACAUACAAAACAAAAAUAAUCGAUUUAUUUUUAGGAGUAACACUAUGAAUGUGAAAAUUAAUGUGCACAUUAGACUAUCUAAAACGAGGAACAAAAUGUAGUGAAAAUCAAAUUGUAGUAGGACCAAGAUUAGAUUAGAGUUGUUCAUGUUAGAUAUAUGUAAAGCCUGCCUUAAUUAUUGAAAGUAACUGAGCCAGUGAUUAAUUUGCCAGUAAUCGUGAGUUGUGGCCUAAACAUGAGAGUAACACUUCAAAAAAGAAUGCAAUCAUUAAGUUAACUUAAGUCUGCGGUCUUAAAUCCUUAUUUUACCCUUUUUAACCUAAUUAAUUUAAUUUAGGCUGUAACAAAAAAUGCUGAUUGCUUAGUUGUUGCUAUUCCACCGUAUAUGUUACCAGAACCAAAUAUUUUCGUCUUCCUUUGGCUACAACUGUAAAGAGCACUAGCCUGUCAGAUCCUCCCAGUAUUAAUAUUUAAUUUAUUUAUUUUGUAAUAUAUAAUCUAUAUUUUGUUAAUAUACAUGUUUCU